CACCAUCCCGCAUACGGCAUACCUAGGGUUUUGUAUCUCCCAUUUUUUGCUUGCUAACCUUCCUCAGGCGCACCACCAACCAAAAAACCUAUCAAUUUUACUCACAAAAUCAAUCCAUUUUCCUUUGAUUUUGGCUAUCAACAUGAAUCGAACCACACCAAAUCCAAACCCAGACUCUUUCCAUACCAUGCUAAAAGAAUCCAUUGACCGAUUUUUUAUUGAAUACCGGAAAGGCUCAACCGAUUUUUCAAAUUUCACCUGCAUAUUCUCCCGCCUUCUGCAAAAUUUACCCGAUCCACCACUUGAAAUCGUCUGGUUUUACGCCGCUUUGACUUUCCGGACAACGGAAUUUACCGCCGGAAACUCUUCAAACCAAGUCUUAUUAGCUAAGGACUUGUUUCAGCUGUUGGUUUCCUGCUCUUCUUCUUGUAAUGCGGUUAAGAAAAUCGCUGUUCUUGCUCCCGUCAUCUACGAACUGCACAGUGCAGUUUCUGAAGGAAAAAAUUUGACAAAAGAGAUUGAGAGUUUAGUUGAAGUGAUUGUUAGCUAUAUUAGCAUUUGUUCUGGCUCCAAUUUUUGCGAAAAUGAGGAAUUUAGGGCUUUGGAUUCUUGUUUUAUGGAUUUGAUACGCGUUUGGGUUGUUGAAAAACUUGGGGAGAGUUGUAAGUUAGGCGAAGAGUUGAGAGUGUUUUUUCCGCUUGUUUGUGAUGGAAUUCUCGAAGGAAUUACGGAUUGUGAGGGAUGUGAAGUUGGAUACUUAGCUGGGAUUGUCAUGAGUCAUACUUUCUUAUUGAGAUUGUGCUUGAAGUUUCGAUUAGGGAUUUCAAGGGCAGAGUUGGAGACAGAAUUACGUGGCUCGGCAAUUCAGACGGUAACUGCAUUUCGAAGCUAUCACUUCAUUGACACCAUUCUCAGGAUGCUGCUAGAGCCAGUCUUAUCUGUCAUCUCCUUAUUGAAUUCUGAAGAAGAAUUUAUUUUGCGAGAAAUCCUGUAUGAUACUGCAAUAAUGGCAGAGUAUUCCUUCCUUGGCCCUCAAAAGGGGAAUCAUCUACCUGAUGGACGCUUAAAAAAUCUUGCUACAACAUGGUUGUUUGUUGCUGACAGUGCCAUACGAUUUCUCUGGAAAAAUGGUAAACAGACCAAAGUCUUUUCCUAUGUACAAGCUUUCACUGCAUCGUGUUUACCAUCUCAAUUGAUCAAGUGGAUUAUGAGUCUGCCCGGCAUGCAGAGCAAAACAAGUACACCAAAUGUUUCAAAUCCUAUAGCUCUUAUCAAGUGGCUAAUGAUUCUUGAGGAUCAAGGUGUAAGAGUAUUUGAUACUGACAUCUCCAAGAUCUGUGCAAAAAUUAAGUCAGAUGGCAAGAACUUGGUGGAAAAUAAUUUCUCUUAUGGUGGUAAUGUGGGUAAGGGGGCAGAAAAAGUUGAUAGUGAUCUAGAGAUGGUUGAUUUUGAUGACACUAAGUCCUUAGGUGGUGGUGGUGUAGUUCUGAAAGCAAUAGAAACUAAUGGGACAAGGAAACGCAAAGAAGGGAGAAAGCAUGAAGCGGAUAAACAAGUUAAGUUCGUUAAAUGUCAUCUUAAUGGCAAUUCAAUGAAGGAGAAGAUUUUACCAUUGGAAGACACUGAUGCUUUGACUAGUGGGAGUGAGGUAGAUGAUCCAGCGUCUGAUGAAAACACAGAAUAUAUGGAGCCAUAAUAUUGGUUGGAAGUAGAAAUGGAAAUCUGAAGAUGGUAUUUAUCAGUGAUUGUAGUUUUAUGGCACCUAUGCAUCCGCCGAGAAUGGGAUAUAUCACUUUUUCUGUUGUAGCUUGAUUUCCCGUGUGAUGCUUUCUCUGAUGGAGACCACAAUGCUAGAGGACAAAGUUUCGGCCACCAACUUUCUGUGGUAAUGCUUGGUGGAUUUAUGCCAUUCAAAUUGGAAAGCUGCCGAUGAAGAAUUAUGCUGCUGAUAAAGAAUUUAGGCUUAGAUGUCUGUUUCCAUACGAAAACUCAAAGUUAUGUCUACUAUUUAAUGUAUGAGCCUGUGAUCGUAGUCAGAAAUUGUCAUAUACCUGCAACUGGAACGUAUUUUUUACGUCCCAUGAUGGCUUUCGUCCUCAAUAUCUGUUCCUUUUAUGACCUUAAUUAUUCAGAAAUGUGAUGGAGUCUCAUGUGGUGUCCAACUUGGAAG